UGGAUGGGGAAUUACGGGGUAAAACUCCUUCCACCCCACGGGCUCCCCUCGCAUCCCGGGCCGGGGGCACCGGCGGUACCGGGGCACCGGUGACCUUGGCGAGCCGGCGGCCCUGCGCAGCUCCGGGAGCCGGGGCAGGGCCGGGCCGAGCUCCCGGUGCCGCCCCCUGCGCGGAGCCGCACCGGCAGCACCGGCGGUACCGGAGCGCUCCUGCGGGCGGGCCCCUCCCGCGGGUGGACACCGGCGCCCGCAGAGACACGAUGUGUCCCCGAAGCCCCUGGGCUGCUCUCCCCGCAGCUCUGCUGCUCCUCACCUGCGUCCUCGCCUCUGAUACGGUGCCCAGCGCCCGGGGACGGAAGAAGGUGGUCCAUGUCAUGGAGGGUGAGAGCGGGGCCGUGGUGGUGCAAACAGCGCCAGGGAAGGUGGUGACCCACCGGGGUGGCACCAUCAUCCUGCCCUGCCGCUACCACUACGAUGUGUCUGCGCACGACCCGGCCGAGAUCCGCCUCAAGUGGACCAAGGUGACGGAGCCCAUGGCCUUCGUGGACGUGUUCGUGGCGCUGGGCAAGGCGCGGCGGGCGUUCGGCAGCUACCGCGGCCGCACGGCGCUGCAGGAGGACGGCUUCGGCGACGCCUCGCUCAUCAUCCGCAACGUCACCCUGCAAGACUACGGCCGCUACGAGUGCGAGGGUCACCAACGAGCUGGAGGACGACGCCGGCAUGGUCAAGCUGGACCUCGAAGGCGUGAUCUUCCCUACCACCCACGCCUGGGCCGCUACACACUGAACUUCCAUGAGGCCCAGCAGGCGUGCCUGGAGCAGGAUGGGAUCCUGGCCUCACACGAUCAGUUGCACCAGGCCUGGCUGGAGGGCAUGGACUGGUGCAACGCCGGCUGGCUGGAGGACGGCUCCGUGCAGUAUCCCAUCUCCCGGCCACGGGAGGAGUGCGGCCGCAAGGAUACGCCGGUGGGGGUCCGAAACUACGGGUACCGGCACAAGGAGAGCGAGCACUAUGAUGCCUUCUGCUUCACCUCCAACCUCAUGGUAACCGAGGGGAAGCUGAGGCACGGAGCACCCAGCUCCCUGAUUUGGCUGGGUGGGAUGGGGGGGGUUUCCCAUGGUGGUUCAGCUCUGGAUGAGAGAAGGGUGCAGCUGUAUGUGCCUUCCUUGGAGAACCCUACAUAUCAAGUGGGGGUUCAGUGCUGGGAACCCCCAGCAAGGACCACGAUUUGUCCCUGUUGCCUUUGUGCUCUUAGCAAAACCCAUCUCUUCUGGGCAGGAGCAGGGGGCGGAGGGAACUGCAGCAGCAAACAGCAGGGGUGAUGGAUGAGGCCAGGGCCUGGCAAGACAGAUGGGAGCCGGCCUGGCUGCGGGGCUGUGUGGAUUCCUCCUUGCUGGCAGGGCCGCGGGGGCUCCGCCGCUGUUGGUUUAGUGG